CUCUCUCUCUCAGUUUUUGAAAAUGGGAAAAUGGUCCUGAAAGAAUUAUUGAAAUAGGUAGAAGCAGAUUCGGUGAAGAAAACCGGUGAGUCCGCGUGUUUGCUCUCUGUUUUUCCUGUCCCUUUCCGCUUAGAUUUUCUCGUUCUACUUAAUCCUUUACCAUUAUUUGAGUUCUGGACAACCCCUCUCUCUCUCUCUCUCACGCGCAUUCAUAGGCUUCUGCUUUCCUCAGUGCUAGGUGGUUAAAAUGCCAGAGAUUCAGUUGGGUGCCCACACAAUAAGAACUCAUGGAGCUCAAGUUGCCAGGUUUCACAUGCACGAUUGGCUUAUUCUUAUGUUGCUUGUGGUGAUAGAGAUCAUUCUGAAUGUGAUAGAACCAUUUCACCGGUUUGUUGGAGAAGAUAUGAUGACAGACCUGAAGUACCCAUUGAAAGACAAUACAGUUCCCUUUUGGGCUGUUCCGAUAAUUGCAAUCAUAUUGCCUUUCACUGUCAUCCUCAUCUUUUACUUCAUCCGGCGAGAUGUCUAUGAUUUACACCAAGCUGUCCUGGGCCUGCUCUUUUCUGUACUUAUAACUGGUGUUAUUACUGAUGCAAUCAAAGAUGCUGUCGGUCGACCUCGACCAGACUUCUUCUGGCGUUGCUUCCCUGAUGGUAAAGGGGUGUUUCAUAAUGUGACAGGGGACGUCCAGUGUACUGGAUUGAAGAGCGGCAUAAAAGAAGGUCAUAAAAGUUUUCCCAGUGGACAUACUUCAUGGUCCUUUGCUGGUCUCACCUUCCUGGCCUGGUACUUAUCUGGUAAAAUUAGAGUAUUUGAUCGCAGAGGCCAUGUAGCAAAGCUCUGCAUUAUCUUUGUGCCCUUACUCCUAGCAGCAUUAGUUGGAGUUUCAAGAGUUGAUGAUUAUUGGCACCACUGGCAAGAUGUCUUUGCUGGAGGUCUAAUAGGAACAACAGUUGCCUCUUUUUGUUACUUGCAAUUCUUUCCACCACCAUAUGACGUGGACGGUUGGGCACCUCAUGCGUAUUUCCAUAUGCUGGCAGAGUUGCAGGGUGACAACCAAUCAUCAGUUAACACUGGAAAUCGUCUCACUGUAAGGCAAUCGGAGCUCGAGAGUGUGUAUGCCCGAUCUCACGUAUCAGACACCAAUUCUCACGACCCUAACUCAAUCCUUGAAGAAAUGGAAAGUGGGAGAAGACACUGAAUUUAGUGGUGCACAUAGGUAGUAGAAACAGCUGUUCAUAUUCUUUUUAGGCGUACAAAAUACAGUAGUGUCACUUUUUGCCUCUUCUUGACUGCUUUUGUCAUGAUGAUUUGCCUGUAUCGACUGAAAAAUCAUAGAUUUUGACGAAUUCUACCAAUCUAUAUCGGAGUUGGACAUUGUCAGUUAUUUA